GUCUAUUUUAUAUUCAAAAACUAUUAAAUCAUACUAUCAUCUUGUCACUAUUAUAAUAAUUAUAAUUUUGUUACAUUACAUUAUCUGUAGCACAUAAUCAUAUUAACAUGUUUUGAAUGAUGCAUGUGUUUCAUCUUAGAUUUCAAUUAGAGCUGGUGAUGCUGUUUAUUUAAUAAUGAUGACGAUGAUGAUGAUGAUAAUUAUAAUUAAAAAUAUUGGUUUAGUAGCCUAAUCAUGUUUCUCCCGUCAGAUGCCUGUGAACUCACACUGGACCCAAACACAGCCCACAGACGACUCUCUCUGUCUGAGGACAGCAGGAAGGUGACGCGGGUUGAAGAGGACCAGUCGUAUCCGGAUCACCCAGAGAGGUUUGACACCUGGCACCAGGUGUUGUGUAGAGAGGGUCUGCCUGGCCGCUGCUACUGGGAGGUAGAGUGGGGAGGACGGGUUCAUAUAGGAGUGGCAUACAGAGGAAUGACAAGGAGAGGAGGGGCUAAUGACAGCCAGCUUGGAUGGAACAACAAGUCCUGGAGUCUUGUUUGUGAUGACGACGAUGAUGCUGCUGUCUACAUUGCCCGUCACAACGGUAGUUCAACAGAUAAACGUUCCCCCCCUCACUCUAACAGAGUAGGAGUGUAUCUGGACCGGCCCGCUGGCUCUCUGUCCUUCUACAGAGUGUCCCCAGGAGGAGGAGGGUCCUCAGACACACUGAAACACAUCCACACCUUCCAGGCCUCCUUCACCCAGGAGGUCCUCAUCCCUGGGGUUAUGUUACGUAAGAGUGGUUCCUCAGUGUCUCUGUGAGUGUCCAUUGUAGAUACACACACACACACAGACCCAUGGAAAAGCACACACAUGUAGACAGUCAUAAACACACCCA